AAGUAUGAACCGGGCAUGACCUUGGAACCGGACGCCAAGACCAAGACAUUUGAAAAUUAAAGUCUGUGUUUGGUUAGUCGCAUUUAGUCUGUUAGUCAUACAAAAUACUUUACUUGAAGGAGACUUAUUGCAACAUUUAAAGGGAAAUAAUACGACAUCAACGCUAUUAAGUGGAAUAAUUUCGUUCAAAAUAAAAAUGGUGGACAUGUAUCUUGGUAAACCAAACACAUUGUCAAACAUAGCAUGGCAUCGCCCUCAAUCUGCUGCAUCCAGAGUGGAAGAAGAACUCAUUCAGAAGAGUAUCCGGGCAGCGUCACAGGCAACAGACCCUUUAGAAAAGCUGCGGCUCCUGUGCUUUUCUCGAGGAGCCACUGGGAUACUGGUCCUGGCUAGGAUCUUCAGAAGCAUUGAUGAUGGAAGCCAUAAACUAAGCAAAGAAAAAUUCAUCGGCGUUUUGCAGAAGACAAAUCUGGAAAUGACCCAGGAGGAAUCAGAGGAGUUAUUCAAUAAAUUUGAUACGGACAAUAGUGGAUCUGUUAAUCUUGAUGAAUUUAUCAAAGAACUACGUCCUCCUAUGUCGGAGUCACGACGCGCCGUAGUGGAGCGUUCUUUCAAGAAGUUAGAUAAAACGGGCGAAGGUUUGCUGUCUGUAGAAGAUAUAAGAAGAGUUUAUUCUAUGGAAGCUCAUCCUAGAUACAUGAGUGGUGAGGAGACAGCCGAUGUGGUGAUGACGCGUUUCCUCGCUAAUUUUGAGCCGGACGGUGACAGCGGCGGGACGGUAACAUUGGAGGAGUUCAUGAACUACUACAGCGGCAUCAGUGUGUCAAUUGACAAUGAUUGUUACUUCGACUUGAUGAUGCGUCAAUGUUACAAGUUGUAAUUUAAAUAUGCACAUAAACUUGUAUGCUAUUAAACGUUUAAACUACAAGCGUAUAGAAGAUAUUCUUGCGAUACGCCAUUAUCAAGAGCCACACUAAACCUUUGAGAAUAUAAACGUCAACUACGCACGCAGGCUGCAACGUUCAAUAAUAGGCGACAUGCAUAUGACGCCAAAUUGCACCAAACUUUUUUUAAGUAUACUUUAUUACUAAAAAAACAGUCCUGCAAAGAUUUU